AAAUCUUGUGAUUGACAGCAAUGGGAUAAUCCCCUCGGUCUCCCAGGAAAGAAUCUAGAAGUCCUUAGCAGAAAAUGGCCGGGGCAGGUCGUUUCUACCACCCGCCGGCUCUCAGCCGCAUCCGAUUCGCGUGCAAAGAUGACGCGCCCUUCAUUAUGGCCAUGAUCAACAAGCCCAUGGCAAUGACCUUCAGGAUUGAUUCCAUUUCUGAUGUCAAUGCCCUGUUAGAAAACGGUGUGCUCUCUAUCUGCCAGUUGGAUAUCAACAACACUAUAAUAGGGUUUCUAGGCAUUAAAGACUAUCCAUUAAUUCCGUCAAUCCAUCCGGGUGCUUGGGAAGGAUACAUAUGGACUAAAUACAAAACUAUCGAAUUGAACGCUAGGAAUACCCUAUGGAUCCACUUGCUCUGUUUCAACAAUCAGUACGGCCGCGACCUAGUGGACAACAUGCUCAAGUCUGUCUUCAUGCAUGACCCCUAUGUCCAUUACAUUGGGAUGGUCAAGACUCUGAUUUCAUAUCCGCUGCUAGUACCUGGUCAGUCGCGCGUGGAAGGUGCAUUCAGACGUGUGACAGCCAUGGAGCGAGGCGUGCCAGGAGACCAGCUGCCGACGCUAUGCAUCGCUGACAGGGUGGACGUCAGCCCUCGCUUGCGUGUCAGGCGAGCUGUAGAAGCAGACAAUGACGAUAUAGUGCCAAUAAUCAACUACCAAUCAACCCGUCUCAAGGAAAUGUAUGGAGAAUUCUACGUCAGUGAGCUCAUCUCCAGGCACCCAGAGUAUGAGAGGGUGUUGCUGGUCUGCGAGCAUAAAGAAUUAGCCGUGGGCGUGAUGUGUAUAAACACACAGAUCAACUUCGAAGCCCUGGAGGAGAAUUUUGAGCUAUCUCCGUUCGCGGGCCUGCGACACCACACAACGGUCCCGUUCCAGCGACCCAGCGCAGACUACGAAUCUAAUAUCAGCACUGGCUUAUUACCAAGUAUAUCACUAAGCAUGACGACAACACCUUCAGAACUCUUCAGCAUCAACAAAUACGACUCUGCUAUGAAAAUGAAGGAUGCAAAGUCCAGAGUGACAUGGACAGCGGAAGACGAGGGCUUUGCGGAGGGUAUCGAAGCCGUUGCGCAGGCGCAAGCGGCGCAGGCAGGCCGCCAGCCGGUCUCGUACGCGGCCAGCCAACUGGAGAUCCUGAAUCUGCUCGAGGAUGAGGAAGAGGAACUGGAGUUUGAUAUCAUAAACAUUGACACCGAUCUUCUCAGGGUGCCUGAAGUCCUCAGCUACAGGAACAUGGAAGGAGUAGCUGACAGCAUUACAAAUAAAAUAGCCAUGACAGCCAAAAAGAAAUCAGUCGAUGAGGAGAAGCCGAAAAAUAAUAAAACUAAGAAGAAUUCUCAAGCGCCAACGUUCUCCCCAACGGCGAACAAAACACCUGAACCUAACCGCUACGUCGGCGCACCCAACGCUUUCCUUCUGGAGCUGUUUGCUAUGCACCCUGAUUAUGAUGAGAGAUAUGGGUUCGACAUAUUAGAAGCAGCCUAUGAACUGUUUCCUACUAGAGACUACUGUAUAUUGUGCCUGCCAUCCAAUCAUCCUUCGUUUCCUCUGCUUGAUCACUUUACGUUGGUGACACCAUACGGAAACAGGAUGAGAUUUAUUAACGAGACUCUCUACGUAGCUCACGUCAACUCGGUUAGAGGCACCGUAGCCGUUCGACCUGGUGAAGGUCACGACGUGGAAAAGAUUGUGAGCGACAUCCUUGAGCACGCUCCUCGUCCGCAGUCGCUCGGAGACCUGUUCGAAUCCACUCUCACGUCUAAGAGUCUUCUCUCGUUUGUAUUGCUCAGUGAGAAGCAGCCUAUCGGGGUCAUAGUUAUUGGGCCACUGACGGACGGUGCUGGUAUCCGCAUGCAGUACGAUUUGGAUGCCGAGCCACGGCGGGCUGGGACUGACGCAACAGUGGUGGCUGGCGUGAUGUCUCCAGCAUUGGAGCCCCACGGUCGCUGGUACAUGCGGGAGAUCUUGCGGCACUCGCAGUUCACCACGCUUUUCUGGCUUUGCCGCCUCUUCGCCAAAGGAGAUGUGGGUCCAAGUCGCAACCUGAUGUCGCUAGCCACGCACAUGACGCCAGUGCACCCGCGGCGCACCGUGCCCAACAUCACUGGGAAUAAGGACUUGGACAAGCUGUCUCAUGACUUGGCGGUCCCCUUCGCGUUGUGGGUAUUGGAGCGUCCUCUGACGUCAAUGCCCCGUGUGUUCGUCAACAACAGCAUCGUUGUGGUCGGCGCCAGUCGCACUGGGCUCGCCUUUCUGGAAACUCUCAUUAUGGGCGCCACGUCGGGCUACCUGACGUUCUCCAACGUGACGCUGGUGACGGAACACGGGCUGCCGGCCGUGGCGGAGUGCCUCAAGGCGGCGGACACGUGCGUGCCUCGCGUGGGCCGCUACACCGACCGCUACCUCAAGAGCGUGCCCUUCUACUUUUACGUCGACGUCAUGUCCGCUGUCAUGAUUAAUAUUGACAGGCAAAAAAAAUGCAUUCGUUUGAAAGGUGGAGGAGUCAAGUUCUAUGAUGACUUGGUUUUAACUUGCGGCCAACAAUACCAGCAUCCGGAAUAUUUGUGCGACUCCCUUGAACUCGUCAAAGAAAUAGAGAAAGGCAAGCCAUGCGAACGUAUGCUGAUGGACAACCCGAAGUACCAGCCGGAGCGGGUGCCCCCUCCCCCGGACAUACCCGACAACCUGUUCCUGGUCAACUCGCUGUUCGAGGCUAACUUCAACCUGAGGAAGCUGCUCAAGAUGAUCUCCGAAGCGAAGGACUCCUCUCGUUGCCUGAGCGAAAACAACCAGGUCAUCGUAUAUGGAGACUGCGUGGAAGCCUACUCCUGCUUGGCAGCCUUGCUGGAACUGGGUAUAUCGGCCUCCAUGAUCACCUUCGUCGAGCCCUUCCCGCCCGAAGAUAGCACACUCAUGAGGGUCAACUGCUUCAACGACGAAAUGGUGGACUCGCGAGUCCAGGCGAGCAUCAAGAGGCUCGGCAUCACAGAGUUCCGACGCUGUUCGCUAGUGGGCUGGUGUCUGCGGAACAAUCACGUCGUGUCCAUCGACCUAAUGGCCCCGCUCCACGCCAUCUUUUUACCUUGCUUCGCGCUGUUUUAUUACGGGUUGAAGGCUAUUGAUUUGUAUGCUUUCAAAGCAAUAAACGAAAGCGGACUUGUGUACGACGGAGGCAUCGUGGUGGGCCCGCAGUUCGAGACGAACGACCCUCACAUCUACGCGGCAGGAACAUGCGUGCGCUACUCUAGAAGAUUGUACGCCAAGCGUAUUAACCACAAGUACUACUCUUCUGAGGAUGUCGGGGAAGCUUUGGCAAAACAAUUUCUAAGGAAAGUGGACCCCUUCAUCAUGUGCGACGAACCAGAUCCUAAAGAUAUGUUGCCUAAUGCCAGCUCCACUGUACUAGGAUUUAGAACAUCUCAAACCGGUAUAUCUCCGUCCGCUACACAAUUUUCAAUUGGACUCCAGAGGAAAUGGCAACCAGUCAUGAAGUUCGAAUCACCGUUAAUGGUGUCGGCGACACUGCCCGGUCCCAAUUACUACGUGAAGCUGAGAAAACCUGGUCCAGAGAUUCCAAUGGAGGUCCAGCUGACGCUUCCACAUCGGGGCCACACGCUAGUGACAGACAAACGCUGUAACUACUUCCGUCUGCAAGUGAACGUGCUUCACUGCGUGGACGCAGUCACCUGUCUCGGGAAGAAAUACUUCUCCACGGAGAUCCUCUCGCAGCUGUACGGCAAACACGAGGCGCUGUUCAAUCAACUCUUGGCUAGAUAUCAGAUGGGGCUGAUAGAGGACUUCUUCGACUUCUUCACGCAAUCCUGGAUGUCCACCAUCUACCAGGAGACCUUUGACAGGCUCAUGAUGGACAUCGCAGAGCAAGACGUUUCGAAGGCUGGUGAACUCCUGUUGUCAGGGGAAAAUCCAGGAGAAAAACCAGAGGAUAUUGUCGGUCCUGACGUGCCUUCGGGCACAUUCAUUGACGUUUUAUAUUCACUCCAGGAAAAAAAGGACCUUGGCACCUUCCGUUCCGUGAUAGAUAAUUUUAUUGCCGCAACAAGUCGAGCGCAAAUUGUGACAGUUGCAGCAGAUAUACCUUCGGAGUGCGGUCAGAGCGCAGCGGUGCGCAACGCGGCGCGGUCGUUCUGGCGCACGGUUGGCGGCGACCGAAUCGUAGUUGCGCACGUCGCCAAAUUCCUCAACAGAAACUCCGUCACCAACCCGCAGUACGCCGCUCCCAACCCUCAGUUCUAUUAG